CACGACGUAUGUGACUUAGACGUAUGGAAAAAAGUGUAUCACAUAACUCUGUCGUUGUAUAUUUUAAUUAAUUGAAACGAAAUUUUUUUUAAAUUGUAUGUCGUGUGUCGUACAACUGGCUAAAAGCAGUUGUGGAUGCCAGCAGAUACGUUGGACUUAACGAAUUAAUCAGCACACAUUGUGUUACAUCGAUAUCUAUAUACAUAUAUACAUAUGUGUGCGUAACGAGUAUACGAUAAUUGUGAGCACGCGUUUUGUAGAGUAUUUUGCGUUGCAAAGAUGCAUUCGCUUAAUUGGACAUCGCGUCUAAUAUCUCGGGCGUUACGUAGCAGCUUCUCAACAUUACUUGACUCCGCGUCGGGUGCCACAACCAAAGGUGCUGCAAAGACAACGCCAAUUCGAUCUCGGCCACGAUUCGUUUCAGUAGUUUGUGGCUUUGCCAAGGACAAUCUGCGACACAAAUAUAAGCCUGGCAAAUAUGGCGAGGACUCCUGGUUUAAGGCAUCCACAGAGUCGGCCGAUGUGAUGGGCGUGGCCGAUGGUGUUGGUGGUUGGCGAAGCUAUGGUAUCGAUCCUGGGGAGUUCUCCUCAUUUCUCAUGCGUACGUGCGAGCGGCUGGUGCGCUGCACCCACUUUAAUCCGCAACGUCCCGUCAACCUGCUUGCCUAUAGCUACUGCGAGCUAAUGGAGCAAAAGAAACCGAUAUUGGGCAGCAGUACAGCAUGUGUACUCAUCCUGAAUCGAGAGACGAGCACAGUGCAUACAGCGAAUAUCGGAGACAGUGGUUUUAUGGUGGUGCGAGAAGGCGAGAUUGUGCACAAGUCAGAGGAACAGCAGCACUACUUUAAUACGCCCUUCCAGCUAUCCCUGCCCCCGCCAGGUCAUGGGCCCAAUGUUCUCAGCGACAGCCCCGAAUCGGCGGACACAAUGAGCUUUCCCGUGCAAGAAGGUGAUGUCAUAUUAAUUGCCACUGACGGUGUCUUUGACAAUGUACCCGAGGAACUGAUGCUUCAAGUGCUACGCGACGUUGAGGGUGAACAUGAUCCGGUCAAGUUGCAAAUGACGGCGAAUACGUUGGCACUGAUGGCUCGCACCCUCUCCCAAAAUAGCGAUUUUCUUUCGCCCUUCGCCCUCAGCGCUCGUCGCAACAAUAUUCAAGCGCGCGGCGGGAAGCCAGACGAUAUAACCGUGGUGCUCGCCACAGUGGCAAUGUGAAACAACUCAUAGUUGUCAUUGUUGUCCUAAUCCCUAGUUCUUAAAUGUGUAAUUAAUUGUAGCGUGUACUCGUUUAGUUUUUAGGAGUCAGUUUGUUCCGGUAGCUAUAUCCAGAUAUAUGUUUAAGCCGCAUGUUGAGAUUUUGAGGACAGACACUCAAUUGUUAGUUAUCCAACCCAUAUAGACUCACAUACUGAGUAAUCGACGCAUCCUGGUGAAGCGACCCCAAAGCAAAAAAAAAAAAUGCGAAGUCCAAAGCGCGUAAGCAAUGCCUUGAAAUAUAUAUAUAUUAUUAAAUAUAUAUACAUUAUAUAUAAGUAGAAACGCUUUUAAAACGAAAAAAAAAAGAUUAUCAGCCGAAAUGAUCGUUGUCGUCAAUGGCAGCGAGUUACGAGAGAGUUCUAAUCAAUAAUAAAAUGCGACAUACAUUACAUGCAUACAAACAAACAAAAUUAAUUACGUACGUGCAUUCAUACAUAUAUACCCCCACACCUCCAAUCAAUCAAAAGUUGUGGGAUGCUAUGCUAAUAUUUGAACUGAGGAUUUAUCCAGGCAAACUGUCUUACGGACGAACUGUUAGUCAAAUGUACUCACUGAUAUUGCGAUUUAAUAAAAAA